AUGGGGAGACACUUGGCCUCGCUUCUGCCUCUGCUUCUCUUUCUUCAGCAUUUUGGAAACAGUGAUGGCAGCCAAAGACUUGAACCAAGCCCUUCUAUCCAGUUUUCACACAUCCAGUACAAUGUCACCGUGCACGAGAACUCCGCAGCAAAAACCUACGUCGGCCACCCUAGAAAGAUGGGCAUCUACAUCUUAGACCCCUCAUGGGAAAUAAAGUACAAAAUCAUCUCAGGAGACAGUGAAAACCUGUUCAAAGCAGAAGAGUACGUUCUGGGAGACUUUUGCUUUCUAAGAAUAAGGACCAAAGGAGGAAAUACAGCCAACCUUAAUAGAGAAGUGAGAGACCAUUACACACUGAUUAUCAAAGCAGUUGAAAAAAACACCGACGCCGAGGCCCGAACCAAGGUCAGGGUACAGGUGCUGGAUACAAACGACUUAAGGCCACUAUUCUCGCCCACCUCUUACAGCGUUUCUUUGCCCGAAAACACAGCCAUAAGGACCAGCAUUGCAAGAGUCAGUGCCACGGAUGCGGAUAUUGGAACCAACGGUGAAUUUUACUACAGUUUUAAAGAUCGGACUGACAUGUUUGCCAUUCACCCAACCAGUGGUGUGGUUGUUUUAACUGGCAAGCUGGAUUUCCUGGAGACCCAGCUCUAUGAGCUGGAGAUUCUGGCCGUGGACCGGGGGAUGAAACUGUACGGUAGCAGUGGGGUCAGCAGCAUGGCCAAGCUGACAGUUCACGUGGAACAGGCCAACGAGUGUGCUCCUGUGAUAACAGCAGUGACCCUGUCGCCCUCUGAGCUGGACAAGGACCCAACAUAUGCUAUUGUCACCGUGGAGGACUGUGAUCAGGGUACCAAUGGGGAGAUAGCAUCUUUAAGCAUUGUGGCUGGCGACCUUCUUCAGCAGUUUAAAACAGUGAGGUCAUUCCCAGGGAGUAAAGCAUUCAAAGUGAAAGCCAAUGCGGAGAUCGACUGGGACAGCCGUCCUUACGGGUACAAUCUGACGCUACAGGCGAAAGACAAAGGAACUCCUCCCCAGUUUUCUCCAGUGAAAGUAAUUCAUGUCAUCUCUCCGCUGUUCAGAGCUGGGCCGGUCAAGUUUGAAACGGAUGUUUACAGAGCUGAGAUCAGCGAAUUUGCCCCUCCACACACACCUGUGGUCCUGAUCAAAGCCGUUCCUAGUUACACCCACACCAGGUACAUUUUUAAAAGUGCUCCCGGGAAACCUAAAUUCAGCUUAAAUCACAACACGGGUCUCAUUUCCAUCCUAGAGCCAAUUAAAAGGCAACAUACAUCCCAUUUUGAACUUGAAGUGACGACAAGUGACAGAAAAGCGUCCACCAGAGUUGUGGUGAAAGUCUUAGGUACAAACAGCAACCCCCCAGAGUUUACGCAGACGGCGUACAAAGCCUCCUUUGAUGAGAACGCGCCCGUCGGCACCACUGUCAUGAGGGUCAGCGCGGUAGACCCCGACGAAGGGGAGAACGGCUACGUCACUUACAGUAUUGCAAACUUAAAUCACGUGCCGUUUGUCAUCGACCACUUUACGGGUACCGUGAGCACGUCAGAGACCCUGGACUAUGAGCUGAUGCCUCGGGUUUACACGCUAAGGAUUCGUGCCUCGGACUGGGGCUUGCCAUACCGCCGGGAAGUUGAAGUCCUCACCACGAUCACUCUCAAUAACCUGAAUGACAACACCCCCUUGUUUGAGAAGAUAAACUGUGAAGGGACAAUUCCCAGAGACCUAGGUGUUGGGGAGCAGAUAACCACGGUUUCCGCGAUCGACGCUGACGAGCUGCAGUUGGUGCGGUACCAGAUUGAAGCCGGAAACGAGUUGGAUCUGUUUGGCUUAAACCCGAGCUCUGGGGUACUAUCCUUAAAGCACUCGCUAGUGGAUGGCUUGGGAGCAAAGGUUUCUUUUCACAGUCUGAGAAUCACAGCUACAGAUGGAGAAAAUUUUGCCACGCCGUUAUAUAUCAACCUGACGGUGGCUGCCAGCCGCAAGCCGGUAAACUUGCGGUGUGAAGAGACCGGCGUUGCCAAAAUGCUGGCAGAGAAACUCCUGCAGGCGAAUAAAUUGCACAAUCAGGGGGAGCAGGGAGAGGAUAUCUUCUUCGAUUCUCACUCCGUCAAUGCCCACGCCCCACAGUUUAGGAAUACCCUUCCAGCUGCGAUUGAGGUGAAGGAGAACCUGCCCGCGGGUGCCAGUAUUCUUUCCAUGAAUGCUACUGACCUCGACUCUGGCUUCAACGGAAAGCUUGUUUACGCUAUUUCCGGAGGAAAUGAUGACAGUUGCUUUAUCAUCGACAUGGAAACAGGCAUGCUCAAAGUCCUAACUCCACUUGACCGUGAAGUAACAGACAGAUACACCCUGAACAUCACGGUGUAUGACCUCGGUAUACCUCAGAGGGCUGCGUGGCGCCUUCUAGACAUCACAGUUCUGGAUGCUAACGAUAACCCACCUGAGUUUUUACAGGAGAGCUAUUUUGUUGAAGUGAGCGAGGACAAGGAGAUAAAUAGUGACAUCAUCCAGGUUGAAGCCACCGAUAAAGAUCUGGGCCCCAGUGGACACGUGACCUACGCUAUUCUUACUGACACAGAGAAGUUUUCCAUUGACAGCGUGACUGGUGUGGUGAAGAUUAUCCAGCCUUUGGACCGUGAAGAGCAGCAUGUGCACUACUUAAAGAUCGAAGCCAGGGACCAAGCCACAGAGGAACCUCGGUUGUUCUCCACUGUGCUUUUGAAAGUGUCACUAGAUGAUGUUAAUGACAACCCGCCUAGGUUCAUUCCGCCUAAUUACUCAGUCAGAGUUCGGGAAGAUCUUCCCGAAGGAACCAUAGUCAUGUGGUUAGAAGCCUACGAUCCUGAUGUGGGUCAGUCCAGCCAGGUGAGAUACAGCCUUCUGGACCACGGAGACGGCCACUUUGAUGUGGAUAAACUCAGUGGAGCUGUUAGAAUUGUCCAGCAGCUGGACUUUGAGAAGAAGCAAGUCUACAACCUCACCGUGAGGGCCAAAGACAAAGGGAAGCCGGUGUCGCUGUACUCCACUUGCUCUGUGGAGGUUGAGGUUGUUGAUGUGAAUGAGAACUUACAUCCGCCAGUGUUUUCCAGCUUCGUGGAGAAGGGGGUCGUGAAGGAAGAUGUCCCCCUUGGCUCAUCUGUAAUGACCGUGUCGGCUCAUGAUGAGGACAGUGGGAGAGAUGGAGAGAUCCGGUACUCCAUUAGAGAUGGUUCUGGUGUUGGUGUUUUCAGGAUAGACGAAGAAACAGGUGUCAUAGAGACUGCCGACCGGUUGGACCGCGAGUCGACCUCCCACUACUGGCUCACAGUCUACGCCACAGACCAGGGCGUGGUGCCCCUGUCGUCCUUCAUAGAGGUCUACAUAGAGGUCGGGGACGUGAACGACAACGCGCCACAGACAUCAGAGCCCGUGUACUAUCCAGAAAUAACGGAAAAUUCACCCAAGGAUGUAUCUGUGGUCCAGAUUGAGGCGUUCGACCCAGAUUCCAGCUCCAGCGACAAGCUGACAUACAGAAUCACGAGUGGAAAUCCACAAGGGUUCUUCUCGAUACACCCUAAAACAGGUCUCAUCACAACCACAUCGAGGAAGCUUGACCGAGAGCAGCAGGAUGAGCACAUUCUAGAAGUUACCGUGACAGACAAUGGCACACCCCCCAGAUCCACCAUCGCAAGAGUCAUCGUGAAAAUCCUCGAUGAAAAUGACAACAAGCCUCAGUUCCUACAGAAGUUUUACAAAAUCAGGCUCCCGGAGCGAGAAAAAGCAGAUGGAGAAAGGAAUGCAAAACGCGAGCCUCUGUACCGCGUCAUAGCUGUGGAUAAGGACGAAGGGCCCAACGCCGAGCUCUCCUACAGCAUCGAGGAAGGGAACGAGCACGGAAGGUUUUCCAUUGAGCCCAAAACGGGAGUGGUCUCAUCCAAAAAGUUCUCUGCAGCUGGGGAGUAUGACAUUCUUUCAAUUAAGGCAAUUGACAACGGUCGCCCUCAGAAGUCAUCAACCACCAGACUCCAUAUUGAGUGGAUCUCCAAACCCAAGCCAUCCUCCGAGCCCAUUUCGUUUGAGGAACCGGUUUUCACAUUCACCGUAAUGGAAAGUGACCCAGUGGCCCACAUGAUCGGGGUGAUAGCAGUGGAGCCCCCUGGCAUGCCUCUGUGGUUUGACAUCAUCGGUGGUAACUAUGAUAGUCACUUUGAUGUCGACAAGGGCACCGGAACCAUCAUCGUUGCCAAACCCCUUGACGCAGAACAGAAAUCCAACUAUAACCUCACAGUGGAGGCUACAGACGGAACCACCACUAUCGUUACUCAGGUACUCAUCAAGGUAAUAGACACCAAUGACCACCGCCCCCAGUUUUCUACAACAAAAUAUGAAGUUGUGGUUCCCGAAGACACAGAGCCCGAAACAGAGAUUUUGCAGAUCAGUGCCGUAGAUCAGGAUGAGAAAAACAAACUCAUCUACAGUCUGCAGAGCAGCAUAGAUCCGGCAAGCCUCAAGAAGUUCCGCCUUGAUGCUGCCACCGGCGCUCUCUACACGUCUGACAAGCUUGACCACGAGGCCAUCCACCAGCAUGUUCUCACAGUCAUGGUGCGGGAUCAGGAUGUCCCCGUGAAGCGCAACUUUGCCAGGAUUGUUGUUAACGUCAGUGACAUGAAUGACCACGCUCCAUGGUUCACCAGUUCCUCCUAUGAAGGGCGGGUCUAUGAGUCGGCAGCUGUCGGCUCAGUGGUGUUGCAGGUUACAGCUCUGGACAAGGACAAAGGGAAAAAUGCGGAAGUGCUAUACUCGAUUGAAUCAGGAAACAUUGCACAUUCUUUUACAAUUGACCCCAUCUUGGGCGCCAUAAAAACUGCCAGAGAAUUGGAUCGAAGUAACCGAGUGGACUAUGAUUUAAUGGUCAAAGCUACAGAUAAAGGCGACCCACCGAUGAGUGAAGUGGCGUCUGUGCAUAUCACCGUCACCGUCGCCGAUAACGCCUCCCCCAAGUUCACAUCCCGAGAGUACUCUGUUGAAAUUAGCGAAGCCAUCAGGAUUGGGAGUUUUGUUGGAAUGGUCUCUGCUCGCAGUCAGUCUUCAGUGAUGUAUGAAAUAAAAGAUGGAAACACAGGCGACACGUUUGAUAUUAACCCCCAUUCUGGGAGCAUCCUCACUCAGAAGGCCUUGGAUUUUGAAAUGCGGCCCAUUUACACAUUGACGGUGCAAGGGACCAACAUGGCUGGCCUGUCCACCAAUACAACUGUUGUCGUGCACGUACAGGAUGAGAACGACAACCCUCCAGUUUUUACCCAGGCGGAAUAUUCUGGAUUCAUCAGCGAGUCAGCCUCCGUCAACAGCGUGGUCCUAACAGACAGCAACGUUCCACUAGUCGUUCGAGCAGCCGAUGCUGAUAGGGAGUCCAAUGCGCUGCUUGUUUACCAAAUUGUUGAGCCAUCUGUGCACAACUACUUUGCUAUUGAUGCCACAACCGGUGCUAUUCAUACCGUGCUGAGUCUGGACUAUGAAGAGACACAUGUUUUUCACUUUACCGUACAAGUGCACGACAUGGGGACUCCACGGCUGUUCGCCGAGCAUGCAGCUAAUGUGACUAUACGUGUAAUUGACAUCAACGACUGCCCUCCUGUCUUCUCUAAGCCUUUGUAUGAAGCAUCUCUUUUAUUGCCAACGUACAAAGGAGUAAAGGUCAUCACGGUGAACGCCACGGAUGCCGAUUCCAGGGCGUUCUCACAGUUAAUAUACUCUAUCACUGAAGGCAACAUUGGGGAGAAGUUCUCAAUGGACUACAAGACAGGCACCAUAACGAUACAGAACACAACUCUGUUACGAAGCCGCUAUGAGCUCACGGUCCGAGCGUCUGACGGCAGAUUUGCAAGCACGGCUUCUGUGAAGAUUAACGUGAAAGAGAGCAAAGAGAGCCCACUCAAGUUUACCCAGGAUUUCUACUCUGCCAUCGUGAAAGAGAACACCACAGAAACCAAAACGUUAGCUGUCAUUACUGCUAUCGGGAACCCGAUCAACGAGCCUCUGUUUUACCACAUCCUCAACCCAGAUCGCAGAUUUAAAAUCAGCCACACUUCAGGCGUGUUGUCGACCACUGGGGUACCAUUCGAUCGUGAGCAACAGGAGACGUUCGAUGUGGUGGUAGAGGUGACCAAGGAGCACGAGCCAUCAGCAGUGGCUCACGUUGUGGUGAAAGUCACCGUUGAAGACCAAAAUGACAACGCGCCGGUGUUUGUCAAUCUUCCUUAUUAUGCUGUGGUGAAGGUGGACGCUGCAGUGGGCCACGUCAUCCGCCACGUCACCGCCAUUGACAGAGACAGUGGCCAAAACGGCGAGGUGCACUACUACCUUAAGGAGCAUCACGACCACUUUCAGAUCGGACCCUCUGGUGACAUUUCCCUGAAAAAGCAGUUUGAGUAUAACACCUUAAAUAAAGAAUACCUCGUCGCGGUGGUCGCGAAGGACGGCGGAAGCCCAGCUUUCUCUGCAGAAGUUCUGGUUCCGAUCACCGUCGUGAACAAAGCCAUGCCUGUGUUUGAAAAGGCUUUCUACAGCGCAGAAAUCCCAGAGGACGUCCAGAUGCACAGCCCCGUGGUCCAUGUCCAAGCCAACAGCCCAGAAGGGCUGAAAGUGUUCUACAGCAUCACGGAUGGGGACCCUUUCAGUCAGUUUACCAUCAACUUCAACACCGGGGUGAUAAACGUCAUAGCACCGCUGGAUUUUGAGUCCCACCCAGCCUAUAAGCUGAGCGUAAGGGCCACCGACUCCCUGACUGGCGCUCACGCCGAAGUGUUUGUGGACAUCAUAGUGGAGGACGUGAACGAUAACCCUCCCGUGUUCGGGCAGCAGUCCUACACCACAACCCUGUCUGAGGCAUCUGUGAUCGGAACGCCCGUCCUUCAGGUUAGAGCAACAGACUCUGAUUCGGAACUGAAUAGAGGGAUUUCCUACCAGAUGUUUGGGAAUCACAGCCAAAGUCAUGAUCAUUUUCACAUAGACAGUAGCACUGGGCUCAUUUCACUAGCGAGAGCUCUGGAUUAUGAACAGUUCCAGCAGCACAAGAUUUUUGUAAGGGCUGUGGAUGGAGGGAUGCCCCCGUUGAGCAGUGAUGUGAUUGUCACUGUUGAUGUCACCGACCUCAAUGAUAACCCGCCUCAGUUUCAACAGCAGAUUUACGAAGCCAAAAUUAGUGAGCACGCUGCGCACGGGCAUUUUGUGAUGUGUGUCAAAGCCUGUGACGCAGAUAGUUCAGACCGAGACAAGUUAGAAUAUUCCAUUCUGUCUGGCAACGAUCAUAAAAGCUUCAUCAUCGACAGUGAAACGGGGAUCAUCACGCUCGCCAACCUGCGCCGCCACCCCUUGAAGCCGUUCUAUAGUCUCAACGUCUCGGUGUCUGAUGGGGUUUUCCGGAGCUCAGCUCAGGUCCGUGUAACUGUGAUGGGGGGCAACUUGCACAGUCCUGUUUUCCUUCAGAAUGAAUACGAAGUGGAGCUAGCCGAAAACGCUCCCUUGCAUACCCUGGUGGUCCAAGUGAAGGCAACGGAUAGAGAUUCUGGUAUUUACAGUCACAUAACUUACCACAUUGUAAAUGACUUUGCCAAAGACAGGUUUUAUGUGAACGACAGAGGGCAGAUUUUCACUUUGGAAAAACUUGACCGAGAGACCCCAGCAGAAAAAGUAGUCCCAAUCCGAUUAAUGGCUAAGGACGCUGGAGGAAAAGUUGCUUUCUGUACUGUAAAUGUCAUUCUUACAGAUGACAAUGAUAACGCACCACAGUUUCGCUCAACCAAGUAUGAAGUGAACAUUGGCUCCAGCGCUGCCAAAGGGACUUCAGUCCUUAAAGUCUUUGCAAAUGAUGCUGAUGAGGGGUCAAAUGCCGAUGUCACCUAUGCCAUCGAGGCCGAUUCUGAAAGCGUCAAGGAGAAUUUGGAAAUCAACAAACUCACUGGCCUAAUUACUACAAAGGAAAGCUUAAUUGGCUUAGAGAACGAAUUCUUCACUUUCUUCGUCAGAGCUGUGGAUAAUGGGUCCCCUCCCAAAGAAUCUGUUGUUCCUGUCUAUAUUAAAAUACUUCCACCGGAAAUGCAGCUUCCAAGGUUUUCAGAGCCCUUUUAUACCUAUGCCAUUUCAGAAGACAUGCCUAUUGGAACAGAAAUUGACCUCAUCCGGGUCGAGCAUAGCGGGAACGUCCUGUACACCCUUGUCAAAGGCAAUACUCCUGAAAGUAAUAGAGAUGAGUUCUUUGUGAUUGACAGGCAGAGUGGGAGACUGAAACUGGAGAAGAGUCUUGACCAUGAGACCACUAAGUGGUAUCAGUUUUCCAUCCUGGCCAGGUGCACUCUGGAUGACUAUGAGGUGGUGGUGUCUAUAGAUGUUAGCAUCCAGGUGAAAGAUGCAAAUGAUAACAGCCCAGUUUUGGAGUCCAGUCCAUAUGAGGCAUUUAUUGUUGAAAACCUGCCAGGAGGAAGUAGAGUCAUCCAGAUUAGGGCAUCUGACCUAGACUCGGGAGCCAAUGGCCAAGUCAUGUACAGUCUGGAUCAAUUGCAAGGUGCAGACAUCCUUGAAUCUUUUGCCAUCAACAUGGAAACAGGCUGGAUUACAACCCUCAAAGAGCUUGACCAUGAAGAAAAAGCCAGUUACCAGAUUAGAGUGGUUGCGUCGGAUCACGGCGACAAGAUUCAACUCUCCUCUACAGCCGUUGUGGAUGUUACUGUCACUGACGUCAAUGACAGCCCGCCACGAUUCACAGCCGAGAUUUACAAAGGGACUGUGAGUGAGGACGACCCUCCGGGUGGUGUGAUCGCCAUCUUAAGUACCACUGAUGGCGACUCUGAAGAGAUUAACAGACAAGUGACUUACUUCAUAACAGGAGGAGAUGCUUUGGGACAGUUUGCUGUGGAAAAUAUACAGAACGAGUGGAAGGUGUACGUGAAGAAGCCUCUCGACAGGGAGCAGAAGGACAGUUACCUUCUGACCAUCACAGCAACCGAUGGGACCUUCUCUUCCAAAGCUAGAGUUGAAGUGAAAGUUCUCGACGCCAACGACAACAGCCCUGUUUGUGAGAAGACUCUCUAUUCCGAUACUGUUCCUGAAGACGCCCUUCCUGGGAAGCUGAUCAUGCAGGUCUCUGCCACAGACGCAGACAUCCGGUCCAACGCUGAGAUCACUUACACUUUAUUUGGUUCAGGUGCAGAAAAGUUCAAACUGAAUCCAGACACAGGUGAAUUGAGGACCUUAGCCCUCCUUGACCGUGAGGAGCAAACAGUUUAUAAUCUUCUAGUCAAGGCCACGGAUGGUGGGGGUAGAUCCUGUGAAGCAACCGUUGUGCUCACGUUGGAAGACGUCAAUGAUAAUGCCCCAGAAUUCACUGCAGAUCCGUACACCAUCACCGUGUUUGAAAACACCGAGCCUGGGACACUCUUGACCAGAGUGCAGGCCACCGAUGCAGAUGCAGGUUUGAAUCAAAAGAUUUCCUACUCCCUGACUGACUCCGCCGACGGGCAGUUCUCCAUUAACGAACAGUCUGGAAUCAUCCAACUGGAAAAGCAUUUGGACAGAGAACUACAGGCAGUGUAUACUCUCACUUUGAAAGCAGUGGACCAUGGGUUGCCAAGGAAAUUGACAGCUACUGGCACAGUGGUCGUAUCCGUUUUGGAUAUAAAUGACAACCCGCCCGUGUUUGAGUACCGUGAAUAUGGCGCCACCGUGUCUGAGGACAUCCUCAUCGGGACCGAAGUUCUCCAGGUGUAUGCAGCAAGUCGGGAUAUCGAAGCCAACGCCGAAAUCACCUACUCAAUCAUAAGUGGAAACGAACAUGGAAAAUUCAGCAUAGAUUCUAAGACAGGGGCCAUAUUUAUCAUUGAGAACCUGGAUUAUGAGAUCUUCCAUGAAUACUACCUGACUGUGGAAGCCACUGAUGGAGGCACGCCCUCCUUAAGUGACGUGGCUACUGUGAGCAUCAACGUCACAGACAUCAAUGACAACAGCCCGGUGUUCAGCCAGGACACCUACACCACUGUCGUCAGUGAAGACGCAGCUCUCGAGCAGUCUGUCAUCACAAUUAUGGCUGAUGAUGCUGAUGGACCUUCAAACAGCCACAUCCACUAUUCCAUUCUAGAAGGUAACCAAGGAAACCCAUUUACAAUUGACCCCGUCAGAGGAGAAGUGAAAGUAACGAAGCCCCUAGACCGAGAAACGAUCUCAGGUUACACGCUCACAGUGCAAGCUGCUGAUAACGGCAGCCCACCCAGAGUCAACACGACCAUGGUGAACAUCGACGUGUCUGACGUCAAUGACAACGCGCCUCUCUUCUCCAGAGACAACUACAGUGUCAUCAUCCAGGAAAACAAGCCAGUGGGCUUCAGUGUCCUGAAACUGGUGGUGACAGACAAGGACUCUUCUCACAAUGGUCCCCCCUUCUUCUUUGCUAUCGUGAGUGGCAACGCUGACAACACAUUUGAAGUGAACCAGCAUGGAGUCCUCCUGACAGCAGCUACAAUAAAAAGGAGAGUGAAGGACCGUUACCUGCUGCAUGUUAAGGUGGCUGAUAACGGAAAACCUCAGUUGUCAUCGUUGACACACAUUGACAUUAGGGUUGUUGAGGAAAGCAUCCAUCCUCCUGCCAUCUUGCCACUCGAGAUUUUCAUCACCGCCUUUGGAGAUGAGUACUCCGGUGGGGUCAUAGGAAAGAUCCACGCAACAGACCAGGACGUGUACGACACCUUGACGUACAGUCUGGACCCCCACAUGGAUGGCCUCUUCUCUGUGUCCAGCACGGGGGGUAAGCUGAUUGCGCACAGAAAGCUGGACGUAGGCCAGUACCUUCUUAAUGUCAGUGUAACGGAUGGGAAGUUCACGACAGUGGCCGACAUCACCGUGCAUAUCCAACAAGUGACCCAGGAGAUGCUGAACCACACCAUUGUGAUUCGCUUUGCGAACCUCACUCCAGAAGAGUUCGUCGGCGACUACUGGCGCAACUUCCAGCGAGCUUUACGGAACAUCCUAGGGGUUAGGAAGAAUGACAUUCAGAUCGUCAGCUUGCAGCCCUCCGAGCCUCAUUCGCAUCUAGACGUCUUGCUCUUUGUGGAAAAGUCAGGCGGUACCCAGGAUUCAACCAAACAGCUUCUGCAGAAGAUUAACGCUUCUGUCACUGACAUUGAGGACAUCAUCGGGGUGAGGAUACUGGCCCUGUUCCAGAAGCUCUGUGCAGGGCUGGAUUGCCCAUGGAAGUUCUGUGACGAAAAAGUGUCCGUGGAUGAAAACAUUAUGUCAACUCAUAGCACAGCCAGACUGAGUUUUGUGACUCCCCGGCACCAUAGAACAGCUGUGUGUCUCUGCAAAGAUGGAAAAUGCCCACAUGUCCACCAUGGGUGUGAAGAAAACCCUUGUCCCGCAGGUUCUGAAUGUGUCUCUGAUCCCAGAGAGGAGAAGUAUAGCUGUGUGUGUCCCGGGGGCGGGUUCGGUAAAUGCCCAGGCAGUUCAUCCAUAACUUUUACUGGGAACAGCUUUGUGAAAUACCGUCUGAUGGAAAAUGAAAACAAACUAGAGAUGAAAUUGAGCAUGCGGCUGAGAACCUAUUCCUCCCACGCAAUAGUAAUGUAUGCUCGCGGAACUGACUACAGCAUCCUAGAGAUUCACACUGGGAGACUGCAGUACAAAUUUGACUGUGGGAGCGGCCCUGGCAUUGUCUCCGUUCAAAGCAUUCAAGUCAACGACGGGCAGUGGCACGCGGUGUCCCUUGAAGUGGAGGGCAACUACGCUAAGUUGGUUCUAGACGAAGUCCACACUGCAUCGGGCACAGCCCCAGGGGCUCUGAAAACCCUGAACUUGGAUAACUAUGUGUUUUUUGGUGGCCACCUCCGCCAGCAGGGAGCAAAGCACGGAAGAAGCACCCAGGUGGCCAACGGUUUCAGGGGCUGCAUGGACUCUAUUUACUUGAAUGGGCAGGAGCUGCCUUUGACCAACAAGCCAAGGGCCUACGCACACAUCGAAGAGUGGGUGGACUUAUCUCAUGGGUGCUUAUUGACUGCCACAGAGGACUGCUCCAGCAACCCUUGUCAGAAUGGAGGUGUCUGCCAUCCCUCACCUACUGGAGGCUAUUACUGCAAGUGCGGUGACUUAUUCCUAGGGACGUAUUGUGAGGUGAGCGUCAACCCGUGCUCCUCCAACCCCUGCCUCUACGGUGGAACGUGCUUGGUAGACAGCGGAGGCUUCGUUUGCCAAUGUAGGGGCUUGUACACCGGCCAGAGAUGUCAGCUUAGUCCAUACUGCAGAGAUGAACCCUGUAAAAAUGGUGGAACAUGUUUUGACAGUUUGGACGGUGCUGUCUGUCAAUGUGACUCAGGCUUUAGGGGAGAAAGAUGUCAGAGUGACAUUGACGAAUGCGCUGGGAACCCUUGUCGGAAUGGGGCCCUUUGCGAGAACACACACGGCUCCUAUCACUGUAACUGCAGCAAUGAGUACAGAGGCAAGCACUGCGAGGAUGCCACUCCCAACCAUUAUGUGUCCACUCCGUGGAAUAUUGGGCUGGCCGAAGGAAUAGGAAUUGUUGUGUUCAUAGCUGGGAUAUUCUUGCUGGUGGUGGUGUUUGUCCUCUGCCGAAAGAUGAUCAGUCGGAAGAAGAAACACCAGGCUGAGCCUGAAGACAAGCGUUUGGGACCAAGCACGGCCUUCUUGCAGAGACCUUAUUUUGAUUCUAAGCUGAACAAGAACAUUUACUCUGACAUACCACCCCAGGUGCCUGUCCGUCCUAUUUCCUACACUCCAAGCAUUCCAAGUGACUCUAGAAACAACCUUGACAGGAAUUCAUUUGAAGGCUCAGCUAUCCCCGAGCACCCAGAAUUCAGUACUUUUAACCCCGAGUCUAUGCAUGGACACCGAAAAGCCGUGGCUGUGUGCAGUGUGGCUCCGAACUUGCCUCCGCCGCCACCCUCCAACUCUCCUUCAGACAGCGACUCCAUACAGAAGCCUAGCUGGGACUUUGACUAUGAUGCCAAAGUGGUGGAUCUCGAUCCUUGCCUUUCCAAGAAGCCCCUGGAGGAAAAGCCCUCCCAGCCAUACAGCGCCCGGGAGAGCCUGUCCGAGGUGCAGUCCCUCAGCUCCUUCCAGUCAGAGUCCUGUGAUGACAAUGGGUACCACUGGGAUACGUCAGACUGGAUGCCGAGCCUUCCUCUGCCAGACAUACAGGAGUUCCCCAACUACGAGGUUAUUGACGAGCACACGCCCCUCUACUCGGCAGAUCCCAACGCCAUUGACACUGACUAUUACCCUGGGGGUUAUGACAUUGAAAGUGACUUCCCACCCCCACCAGAGGACUUCCCCGCGCCUGACGAGCUGCCGCCAUUGCCUCCAGAGUUCAGCGACCAGUUUGAGUCCAUACACCCACCCAGAGACAUGCCUGCAGCAGGUAGCUUGGGGUCUGCCUCCAGAAGUCGGCAGAGGUUCAACCUGAAUCAGUAUUUGCCCAAUUUCUACCCCGUCGAUAUGUCAGAACCUCAGAAGGAAGGCACUGGGGAGAACAGUACGUGCAAAGAGCCCUACGCCCCUUACCCUCCAGGGUAUCAAAGAAACUUCGAAGCCCCCACCAUAGAAAACAUGCCCAUGUCUGUGUACACCUCCACAGCCUCCUGCUCCGAUGUGUCAGCGUGCUGUGAAGUGGAGUCUGAGGUCAUGAUGAGUGACUAUGAAAGUGGAGAUGACGGCCACUUUGACGAGGUGACGAUUCCUCCGCUAGAUUCCCAACAACAUACGGAAGUGUGACGCUCAAACUCCUCCCCCAAAGUGCCUGGACUUUAGUGGACCUAGAGAUGGUGGUAUAUCGGUGAUGUCCGCAGCAUUGUUUUUCGCAGCAGUCUUACAAGAGCCGCAGUGGGCGUGGCUGCACGGAGUCACACGCCUCUUGACAUGUUUUUAGCCAUUUCCAGUGUCCUAACCGACUGUGAUUGGCGGGGUUUUCAUCGCCUGUGCCAUCUUGAACAACUUUUCGUAUUUAGAUGUGUCUCUGUCUAAAAUAAUGGAAAACAGAAAUCGGUCCUGUCAUCCUGUUAGCAUGAUUCAUGUAUUUAUAUAGUUUCGGUUAUUUUAAUUUUGCUUUGUGUGUGUGU